AAAUGUCACUUUCACACGUGUUGUUUGCGCAAGAAUACUUUUAGAAAAUUGCUGAAAAUGAGUGAUACAGUGAAGAAAAUGUUUGAUAGUGACUCCGAUUUGGAGCCUGAAGAUCUCAAUUUUUCUACUAACAAGAAAUUCGCAAAAUCUUAUGAUCAAUCGCGUCGCAAGGAAUUGCUGAAGAAAUUGAAAUCUCAGGAUUUGGAAUCCGACGAGUCUAGCAGCUCAUCUGAAGAAUCUGAGGAAGAUAAUGGCUUUGAGGAUGAGGAGUUCGACAAGACGUUUUUCAGCACGUUGGCUUCUAUUAAGGCGAGAGACCCUAAAAUCUAUCAGAAGAACGUGGAAUUUUUCGGGGAAGUUGAUCUCAGCACCCGGAAGCGCUCCAAGGAAGACAAACCCAUCACUAUUAGAGAUCUGGAGCGGAAGGUUCUGCUGGAGCAUGGCGGGAUGUUUGAAGAGACGGACGAUAAAGGAAAACGCAGUCUUCCGGUUGUGACUGAGGAGGAAAAAGAGGACAAAAAGUUGUUUCAGCAGUUCUACAGUGACAGCGAUGGCGAGGAGGGAGGCGCAGAGUCCCUGUUCGUGGCUAAGAAGGUGGAAGAAGUGGCGAAAAAGCCUGCAGAGAAGAAAGUUAAUGAGGAAAUUGUGAAGCCAAUCAGUGUCUUCUGGAACGACUCGAAUAUCUCGAAAGAAGAGGCUUAUCUGCGGGAUUACAUCCUCAAGAGGCGCUUCAAGGACGACGGGGAGGAUGGCGAUGCGGGAAACUUGACAGAAGAUGAAGAGGAUCUCGAGAAACAGGCGGAAUUCGAGAAGAAAGUCAAUUUUCGCUUCGAGGAAAACGAUCAGGACUUCAUCAAGAGAUUCCCCAGGACAAUCGCCACGUCCGUAAGGAAUGUGGAUGACAAGAGGAAGAAGAAGAGGGCGGAGGUGAAGGAGCGGAAGACCAGGGAGAAAGAGGAGCGCAAGAAAGAGCUGGAGAAGUUGAAGGAGUUGAAGAGGAAGGAGAUCGAGGAGAAGAUCAGCAAACUCAAGCAAGUAGCAGGAAGUGAGAGAAUCGCUUUUGAAGAUGCUGAUCUCUCGGAUGACUUCGAUCCGGAGGAGCACGACAGGAAGAUGCAGGAGAUCUUCAAUGAUGAGUAUUACGGUGUGGAUGAGGGAGAAGAUAAGCCAGAGUGUCCGGAUAUUGAGGAUUUGAAGGUGAUUGACUGGGAUAACUACGAUCCGGCGGAAGAUGAGGUGGACGUUGAUCCCUCUGCGCCUCACUGUGAUGAUCCUGACUUCAAUAUGGACUGCGAAUACGAUCCGAAGGAGGCGAAGAAGAACUUUGAGCAGGAAAUGAUCGAAAAUAGCAAAUCCAAGAAGCGAAGGAAGCGCCGAAGCAAGUUCGCGGAAGUUCUGAGGAAGGACAAGCCAGUGUUCAAUCCGGAGGAUGAGAAAACCUACUCUGAGUACAUCGAUGAGUACUACAAGAUGGACUGCGAGGACGUGAUUGGCGAUGUGAAGUGCAGAUUCAAGUACGUCGAAACUGUGCCGAAUGAUUUUGGGCUGAGCGUGGAGGAGAUUCUGAUGGCGAAGAACAAGGAGCUGAACAAGUGGGCGAGUCUGAAGAAGGCAGUCCAGAUUCGCCCUAAACAUGUGGAGAUGAAUGAGGUGAAGCAAUAUGAGAGGCGUCGGGAGAAUUGGCACAUAAAGAAGAACAUCCUCAAGAGCGUUUAUGGCGAGGAGUCUGAGAAUGAAGAAGAAGACAAAAACACACCAAUAACUGUGAUAAAACUCACUGGAAGUGGAAAGAAGGUGGAAAGUGAGGGGAAGCCUCGAGAAAAUCCGAAGGAAAGCAAGGAAGAAGCGGAGAAGUCAGUGGAAAAGAAGAAGAAGAAAAAGCCGAAGAAUGUCAAGAUGGAAGUAGUUGAGAAGAAGACUAAGAAGAAGCAGCAGAAGAAAAUCGAUGCUAAGCCACAAGAGAAUGCUAAGCCGAGGAUAACUAAACGAAAAGCAGAAGAAAAUCAGAAAGAGCCACAGAAUCCGCACAAGAAGUUCAAAUUCAGCGAGAAGAAGAAGGCGAAAUCGCAAGUGAUUGACUAUGAAACUGCUCAGGGCAAGUUUUCCAUCAAUGAGAAUCGAUUGAUGGCUUUCGGCAUCAAUCCCAAGAAGUUCCGCAGCAAAGUGAAGUACGGAAGUGCUGAGCAAGGCAACAGCAAAGCCCAACAGUCGAAGUCCAAGAAGAAGAAUCGCAAAGCCAAGUAA